AUGCCUAAGCAACUCAUGGAAUCACAUUUAUGGAAGCAUGGUCCACCAUGGCUUGGCCAAGAAGAGGAAACCUGGCCAAAUCAAGAAAAAUGCACAUCAGAAGUACCAGAACUACGAACUUUCAUCAGCAGCAACAACAACGAUACCUGGAGUGUCUUGCAUCGGUUUUCAACCGUCAACACAUUGCAACGCGUAGUAGCUUGGUGCUAUCGAUUUAUUCAUAAUUCACAAUCUAAGAAUAAGACAAACGGAGAAUUAUCAACUUCUGAGCUGCAACAUGCAAUGCAUAGCAUAAUUAGGAUUGUUCAGCGAGAAACCUGUACAAGCGAGAUCAAGGACUUAAGUCAAGGAAAUUCUUGUAACAAACACAACAAGCUUCUGUCGUUAAAUCCCUUUCUAGAUUCCGAUCACAUUUUGCGAGUUGGGGGUCGUUUGAAACAUUCAACCUUAACUUAUAAUCAAAAACACCCCAUCAUUUUGCCGGAAAAACACGUAAUCACUAGCAUGUUAAUACGAAGUACUCACAAAUUGUUAGGUCACGCAGGUCCACAAGCUACCUUAUAUGCUUUACGGCAGAAAUAUUGGAUUAUUAAUGGCAGAAGUAAAAUUCGUAAAAUUCUACACGAAUGCACAAUAUGUUUUAGAAUGCGGCCUCAGUUCACAACAUAUCAGAUGGGUGAUUUACCCAGAGAAAGAUUCCAGAGUUCACGAUCCUUUGUCAAUGUCGGGAUAGAUUUCUGUGGUCCCUUCUUUAUUAAAGAGAGAAAGCUUUACAAUCGAAACAAAGUCAAAAUUUAUGUAGCAGUUUUCAUAUGCUUAGCAUCAAAGGCAAUCCACUUAGAAGUGGUGAGUGAUUUAACAAUCGAAGCUUUCUGUGCAUCUUUGAAGAGAUUUUUUUGUCACAGAGAAAAAUCACAUCUUUUAUUGUCCGACAAUGCCACAAAUUUUGUGGGAGCAAGCAAUCAUUUGCGAGAAUUGUAUGAUUUCAUCAAAUCCGAAUCAUUUAAUCAAGAUAUUUCAAAAUGGUUAAGCAAUCAAGAAGUUUCCUGGAAGUUCAUCCCACCACGUUCUCCACAUUUUGGGGGAAUAUGGGAGGCGGCGGUGAAGUCGUUUAAGUUUCACCUAGUUCGAAUAGCUAAAAACACUUUGUUUACUUUUGAGCAAUUCAAUACAUUAGUCAUAGAAAUUGAAGGGAUUUUAAACUCCCGUCCGUUAACUCCAAUUUCACACAAUCCCGAAGAUUUGAUUGCACUGACUCCCAGUCACUUCUUGAUUGGCGAUUCCUUACUUUCCGUACCAGAGUCAGAUUUUACACAUAUUCCAACUAAUCGAUUAUCAGCAUGGCAACAUAUUCAAAAAUUAAAGCGUGAUUUCUGGAACCGUUGGCACAAAGAAUAUUUAAAUAAGUUAAAUCAACGCUCAAAGUGGAAAUCACAAAUUCCGCGUACUAUCGCAGUCGGCGAUCUAGUUUUAAUCAAAGAAGACAAUUCACCUCCCUUGAAUUGGCCUAUGGGCAGAGUACUUGAGACUCAUCCUGGAAAGGAUAACAUCAUUCGUGUCGUUACGAUAAAAACAAUUACAGGUGUGUACAAACGCAAUGUAAGAUCUUUAGCUAUAUUUUCUAUUGAUACUACUCAUUCAAAGCAAUUGGACUAG